AUGUUUCUGACAGAAAACACCUCUCCGGCCGAAAUCGAAAGCUCGUGUCUCGUAAAGGAAAGAACGAUGGGAAGUCAAAUGGCGCAGGCCAACAAAAAAUCUAUUGAUGAGAAAUUGACUGAGAAACGGUGCGCCAAAAAGCGAAGGAAACAGAUGAUUGAGAAUGAAUGCGAGACUACCCGUGAGGAUCAGAGUUCAAUGUCGGAUGGUGUCGAAAUGGGAAGGAAGUCUACAGAUGGAUCGAACCACACAGAGAUCGACCAACAGAAGAAGAAGAGAAGAAAAAUUGUUUCAGAAAUGAGUGGCAACAGUAUGGAUUCAUCUUGUGAGUUUAUUCGUGCUUGGUUGAAAAAACCCCAAGUUCAAGAAAACAACAAAACAAGAGGAAGUUGUGAGACUCGUGAUGAAGAAAUUCAAGAGAAGAAGACGGUGCAAGGAAACGCAGAAGAAAUAUCAUCCCCGCUUAGAAUUACAAGAUCGAUAGCAAGAGCUGAAUUGGAGAAAAAUCAUAUUGAGGGAUUGAACACAUCUGAAGGGAUUAAUGCAGUGGGAGAGGAAGGCGAAAAAGAGAAACCAGAAGAAGAGCUUGUUAGAAAUUGUCGUUUGCGAUGGAGUUCGCCUGAAGCAUCGGAGACAAACAGUGCUGUCGAGAAUACGCAUACACCAGAAACGGGAAAUGAUCGACGGAGGCAACGACAAGCUGUUAGAGAGAAAGUACCUGGUGAUAAGGAAAUGGCUCCCAGGCCUCGCAAACGAAGAUCUGCUGCCGCGAAGAACAAGCCAGCCUCCAGUGUGUUGUCUUCUGAUCCCAUGCAUCAGUCUACAGAGGAUGGAGCAGAGCAAGGACCUCCAUCAUCACCAGAAAGUUUGCCGUCUGUAGAAUUUGAUCAAUCUGUUUCGAAGCGCAGUCAAUUGUCUCAAGCACUUCAUCGAUUUGGUUUGCAAGUUUUAACAGUAAAAACGGAACCAAAUGAAGCUCAAGAGUGA